CGUAGACCUGUACCUGUUACCAUUGUAAACUUGGAGCUGCUAUCAGCUAUUGAAAGUCGACAAGAAGCCGGAGAAAUUUGGAUAUUUGACGCCAAAUACGAGGCAUUGCGCGUAUGAAAGCUUAUAUCCAAGUUCUAAUACACAAACACAUGAAAAUACAGGAGCCCAAUCCACCUCAACUCACCUCACCUCACCUCGGCAUCAAACGCGACGUGGCCAAUCCGCCUGCACCGAACCACAAUAUGGCAUCGCAUCUCUCAUAGCUCCCACCCUCACAAUGGCAUUCGAACCCACCCCCCUCCGCCUCGCCCUCGCCGCCCUCCUCCUUCUGGCCACCACUUUCUUCCACCGCAUCCUCGCCAUCCUCCCCUCCCGCCGUCCCCCCGCACCCCCCCGCACCUCUCCCUCACACAUCCUCAUCGUCCUCGGCUCCGGCGGCCACACGGCCGAAAUGCUUUCCAUGAUCCGCUACCUCUCGCUGGAGAGGUACAUAUACCGCACCUACCUCGUUUCCUCGGGCGACGCCUUCUCGACGCUGAAAGCUAUAGAUUUCGAGCGCGGGCUUACUGGUGUGGAGACCACCACGGCAGAUGAGAAGAACACUGAAGUAGUCCGCGGGGAGGGAUUCGAAAUCCUCACCGUCCCGCGGGCGCGUCGCAUACAUCAACCGCUGUAUACAGCACCUCUCACCUCACUCCUCUGUCUCCUCUCCUGUCUCCGCUUCCUCUCCCCCACCCACCCACGCCCGAAACUCGGACCAUACCACCCCACCGCCCCCGACCUAAUCCUCACCAACGGCCCCGCAACAGGCGUACUCGUCCUCAUCGCGGCGUUCGUACUGCGUUUCUUCGGCGUGCUAAACGCCCAGAAGGGAGCGAGAUGCGUGUAUGUGGAGAGUUGGGCCAGGGUGGGGGGCUUGAGUUUGAGUGGACGGAUUGUGGAGGGAUUGGGGCUCGCGGAGAGGUUUUUGGUGCAGUGGGAGCGUGGGUUGGGGGAGGGGGGAGGGAGGAAGAGGUUGUGGAACGGGGGGAGGUGGUGGGGAAGAGGAGGGGGGGAGGGAGUGGAGGGGGUUUUUGGUGGACGGUAA